GGCUAGAGACUGUAAAGGUGCAGCCGAACAGUUUCUGGUUUCAGUGUACUGUACAGAGCUAAUGGACCCCAGCAAAGAAAUCACCCUUAAGUUCUGACUUUAACAGGAAUGGUGUUUUGCCUUGAAGAAGUCUUCAAAGUAAAAAAUCAGCCUCUCAAGAAAUGGAUUCCCUUUCACCUUUAGACGUUGACGACAUUGAACAAAUGUCUGCCGUUAUUCCAUCCAACAACAAAUCGUCUUCUGAGUCUAAUGCAGCCCCCGUCCCGCCGACAUCUACCUCCCCAAAUCCUAGCCACACCGCUUGUCCUGAACCUCAUGCAGUCGUUGCUGACCUCCCUCCUGCAACCACCAUGUCACCUAAAGCCCCCGCCAAACGCACAUUCGCUGCCAUUGCCAAAAAGGUGAUCAUCCAAGAGAGAUUCAGGAAGGCAGAGGAGGAGGAUGCAGCAGAUGAAGACGAUGAGGAAGAGCCAGAGGAGAAGGAGUUAACUUUGGAGCAGCUGGAGGGGAAAGCACAAGCUGGAGAUGCCCGAGCUCAGACCCAGUUGGGUCAACAUUACCUGAUUAUAGCCGAGGAGAGGGACACAGAACUUAACAACAGUCUUGCAGUGAGGUGGUUACUGAAAGCCGCCAAGCAGGGAAGAAGAGGGGCAGCUCGUCUUCUUCAGCGCUGCUGGAUCCAAAAUAAAGGCAUCAGCCCAGACAACGAGGAUGAAGUGCGUAGGCUGUCCACAGAGAGUAAGUUUGAGCUGGCCGUGCGUAAGGCAGCCAUGUUGAUGUACUGGAAGCUUAACCCAGACAGGAAACCAAAGGUGGCCAUGACUGAGCUGCUGGAAAACGUCAGUCAAGUCAACAACCAGCCAGGUGUCAUCCCUGGACCAACCACAGGCCAGACCCAAAAGAUCUUACAGAGCAUGGUCAGCAACAGGUCUCAGGAUCUGGUGGACCUGGAUGACUUUGUUGAGAUCACUAAGCAGUUUGCCCAGGGCAUGGCCGCCCCAGCCUCCCCUCCCCGCACCGUGACGCAGGAGAACAAGAGCAAGGUGUUUAAGCAGAGCCCAGACCCACUCCCACAACCAGGAAGGAAGACAUCUAAGGGUUCCUGGGGCCUGGCCCAGGGAGGGAUGAUGCUGAACUCUAGGCGCAGCGGAGCCCUGAUUAGAGCCAUGGCCUUAAAGUCAAACUUCAUGAUGCUCCAGUACCCCCUCCACAUUGUGAUGGAGGUGAAGGAGCACCUGGUGGACUGGGCGUCGCGAGCUGGUGUCCUGUGGCUCAGCACACUCAUCCCCACGCAGCACGUCAACGCCCUCAUCUUCUUCUUCAUCAUCAGUAAUCUGACAGUGGACCUGUUCGCCUUCGUAAUCCCCCUGGUCGUCUUCUAUAUGUCCUUCAUCUCCAUGAUCUUCUGCACUCUGCGCGUUUUCCAAAGAAGCAAGAUGUGGGAGAACUUCAGUACCCUCACCGCCCUCCUUACACGCUUUGAGCCGGGGCUGGACGUGGAACAGGCCGAGAGCAACUUCAGCUGGAACAAUCUAGAACCACACCUGUACUUCAUCCUCUCCGUCUUCUUCGUCAUUUUCUCCUUCCCUGUAGCAGACAAGAUCUGGAUCCCCUGUUCAGAGCUGGCCACCGUGGCCAUCUUCUUCUUCGUCAUCAGUUACUUGAGCCUGAGCCCUGCUGCGGCCACCUACGCACGGCGGGCCAUGGUCAUAGAGGUGGCGUCAUCUCUGUGUUACCUGACUCGCUUCCUUCCAGAAAAGAUGGCCAUUCGCAUUUUGGGGCGCACCUUUGCUACUCUGCCACUAGGGGAGUCUGUGGUGCUGAAGCUCAGUCUGCCCUGCCUGCUAUAUGUUUAUCUAUUCUACCUGUUCUUCAGCAUGGCGCGGAGCCGUGGUUUCCGGGGCAGCUACUGCUUCCUGGUGCCCUACCUGGUGUGCUUCCUGUGGUGGGAGUUCUCUGUGGUGCUGCUCCAGAACUCCUCCGCCAUCGGUCUGAUCCGAACCUGCGUGGCCUACUUCCUCCUGCUAUUCGCCCUGCCUGUGCUGGCCUUCGGCCUGGCCCUGAUGCUGCUCAUCCAGAUGGCCAAGUGGUUCCUGGAGCUGGAGCUGACCAAGAUGGUGGUGACGCUGGCCCUGUGCGCCGUGCCUGUCACCCUGCGGCUCUGGACGCGCUUCAGUCUCUCCAUCCUGGACGUCCUGCGCUCGCUGACGCACGGCGGCGUCGUCAAGGUCCUGCUCUUCUGCGUCUCCAUGGUGAUCCUCUUCUUCUGGAUGUAUGUCUACCAUUCAGAGGGCUUGAAGGUGUACAACUCCACUCUGACCUGGGACAAGUACAGCGACCUGUGCGGGCCUCCCGCCUGGCAGAGCAGAGGCAUGGCCCAGACCCAGAUGUUCUGCAGCCAUCUCGAGGGCCACCGGGUCACCUGGAACGGCCGCUUCAAGCAGAUCCGCCUGGCCGACCUGGAGAACGGACCCCAGUCAUUCAUCAACAUCCUUCCCGUGUUCAUGGGGGACUGGCUGCGCUGCCUCUACGGCGAGGCGUACCCCAAGUGUGAGACAAGGAACGCCACACUGGUUAACGCAACACUGGUCAACUCCACGCUGCCACUGGAAGGGUCGCCGUUGAUGUUACGCAUGCAGGAAGAGGCGGAGCUCUGUCAAAUCAAGGCCGUGGCCAAGCACUCGUGUCACGUCAAGCGCUUCGACAGCUUCCUGUUCGAGGUGACAGUGGGGAAGAUCGUGGGCGAGGGAGGCGGGGCGGAGGACCCGGGCCAGGACAUCAAACUGACGGCCAGUCACGAGUUCAAGCAGGUCCUCCUCAACCUGGAGCCUGGGAACGUUGUGGAGUUCAGCACCAAGCUGGAGGGCAGCUUAGGGGCCAAGGCUCCCGCCUUUGAGCUGAAGGCGAUCCACUGUCUGGAUUGCGUGGCCUCGCCUCUGGCUGGAGGGAGGCAGGUGAAGCUCGAGAGGAACUGGAGACGGAACACGCUUGAAGCCUUGAAGUUUGCUUUUGAUUUUUUCUUUUCACCAUUAUUGUUUGCCAAAAUCAAUGUCUGAUAGAGUCAACCAAUACAAAUAGCAGGGAGAGAAAGGAUGAGGUGUGUGUGUCUGUGUGUGUGUGUGUGUGUGUAUGUGUGUGUGUGUGUGUGUGUGUGUGUGUGUGUGUGUGUGUGUGUGUGUGUGUGUGUGUGUGUUUGGUGUGUGUGCGUGUGUACAUGCAUGCGUGCGUGUGUGUGUUUGUGUGAUUGUGUGUGCACGUGUUUUAGCUUACAUGUGCUAGUGCAUCUUUACAUGUGUUUACUUAAGUGUAUUGUUUAUUGCUUUACUUAACUUUCCUUUAGUCUUAAUAUAUGUUGGUCUAUAUAUAUAUAUGUUUUUAUGAAUGAAAAGUAGGCAAGUUGGAGAUUUGAUGUUCAACAAAUCUGAAAAAUGCAGAUGUCAGUGUCUUAUAGAUUUGAAUCUUUUCACUCUUUUGAAGCCUCAUUAAAAACAUUCAUCCAUAUUAAUUAGAAAAGGUUAAUUGAUCAAAACAAUGACAAAAGACAUGUUAGACGUACAUGGAAGUAGUUUACUUCACCCCCAUUGCCGGUGAAAAAACUAUCUGACGGGGGUCUGGCCUUUUUCUUCCUGCCCUAAUGUUCUGUCAUUGGAUAGUACUCCUUACCUCAACGCAUGCUGUGAAUGGCUUGUUCUUAUAGUCCUCGAUACGUCCUUAUUAUUGAGUGCUAGCUGUGAGCGUGGAAGGUCCCGGCCUGAUUGUGCUGGGUAUUUAUUGCCGAUAUCGAGUACCAUGGCAACCCAAUGCUGCUGUCCGAGUCUGAGAGGCUUAACCUUCUUGGACACUUAAUUCAAAGACAGUGGUCGUGGAUGUGUGGAUGUAAACCCAAAAUCCAUGGCAAAACAAUAAUACUAUCAAAAACUGAAUGCGCUUGAUGAACGUUGUUGUAACGUUAUUACGUUACUGUUCACAUUACAGGGUUUCCCACAGAAAAUGAAUCUACUUGUGGCGGAAGCUGAUGGCCACAGGUAGCUAUGUUUCUUCAAUGUUUCAACCACAAGUAUGUGGAAUAUAUAUGUUGUUUAAUAAAAAAUAGAUAUGAUAUCACCGAUUCUGAAUCCAAAAUACAUUUUUCAAAGUUUCUAGAUAAGUUUAUAUCAAGGUAUCAUUGUUUUAAUGCUUGUGGCACUUCUGAUGCACUUGACGGAAUAGAAUGGCGGUAGGCUGUUUCCUGGUUAUGAAAUAAACAAAAUUAUAUAUUUUACUAGACACACAUAUUUCAAACGUGGGGAAGAAUGAGCACAAUUUUGGUUCGGAAUUCCCCCGUUCCCAGUUGUUGAUAACAUGCAUAUAUGUGCUUGAUUACGGCCUCUGGCUAUAAUUAAAUCUUCCGUGACAUCCA